ACAACAACAAGAAGAAGAAGCAUGUUGGAGAGUGGUGAUAAUAAUAAUAAUGAAAAGGGUGCAUUAUUAUUAUUAUCAUUAUCAUUAUUGGGGCGUAAGAAGGCUUUCAUGGGAGAGUUGAUAGAAGUGAACCGCAUAGCCAUUCCCAUGAUCCUCGUCACUGUUUCCCAGUUUCUGUUGCGCACCUCUCCCAUCCUCAUGCUGGGCCACCUCGGGCAGCUCCACCUCUCCGCCGCCUCCAUCGCCACCUCUCUCUCCAACGUCACCGGUUACAGUGUUCUUUUUGGAAUGUCUGGCGCGCUGGAGACGCUGUGCGGGCAGGCAUACGGGGCAGGACAACAUCGAAAACUCGCGACGUUCACUUAUGGUGCGAUUCUCGGCAUGUUCCUCGUCUGCAUUCCGGUGGCCAUACUAUGGCUCCUCACGGAGAAGUUGCUGUUGUCACUUGGCCAGGAUCCAUCCAUCGCGGCGGAAGCCGGAAAGUAUGCCAUCUGGCUCAUCCCCACUCUCUUUCCCUACUCCGUACUCCAGUCUCUGGUCCAGUACCUGCUCGCGCAGGGCUUGAUCGUUCCCAUGGUGUGGAGCGCCGUGGCGUCUCUGUGCCUGCAAGUGCCCAUUUGUUGGGUUUUCGUGUUCAAGAUGGAGUUGGGGAGUGCAGGAGCUGCAUUGUCUAUUGGCAUUUCUUAUUGGGCAAAUGUGGUUUUCAUUUUAUUUUACGUCGCCAAGUCUUCGUCGUCGUUGUCAACGUGUAAAAUACCAUCAUCUUAUUGUCAUGCCGCCAGUUUCACUAGGGAUGCUUUCCUUACCAUGGGGGACUCCUUUAAGCUUGCUGUCCCCUCUGCAGUAAUGGUCUGUUUGGAAUGGUGGUCAUUCGAGUUGAUCUUACUAUUAUCUGGACUCUUGCCAAAUCCAAAACUAGAGACAUCUGUAUUAUCUAUAUGCUUUACGACCACUUCUGUCCACUGCAACAUUCCUUAUUCUUUCGGUGCCGCUGCAAGAGCAAUCAUCCCUGCCCUCAUCCUCUCCUAUCUUGAGUCCCAGCUUCAGGAGUUGGACGGGGAGGAGGCGCGGAUAGCGGAGUACAUGGACGUGAUAGGAGGAACCGGCACAGGUGGCCUCAUCACCGCCAUGCUCACUGCCCCUAAUAACAACAACCAACGCCUCCACCGCCGCCGCCGCCCUCUCUUUGCCGCUAAGGACAUCCCUCCUUUCUUCCUCCGCCAUUUCCCCCUAUUUUUCCCUCACAUCAAAGGGCCAUUUGGGGAGGUAAUAAACCAGAUGAAAGCAUCGACGGGGCCUAAAUAUGAUGGAAAAUACAUUUCCAAACUUGUCAAGGACUUAUUUGGAGGCACCAGGUUGCAUCAAACCUUGACCAAUGUCGUUAUUCCUACUUUUGACAUAAAGACCCUUCAACCACUCAUCUUCAACUCAUUUGAGACAAUAAAAGAUACGAUCUUGGAUGCAAAGCUAUCAGACAUAUGCAUGGGUACCACUGCCACACCAACCCUUCUGCCACCCCACUACUUCAACAACAAAGACUACAAAGGAACCCAAAGAGAAUUCAACCUCGUCGACGGAUCUCUUGUUGCUAAUAACCCCACUCUAGUAGCUAUCAAUGAAGUGGCUAAGCAAGUGCUGAAGGGACACCCAGCCUUCGAUCACCAGAGCAAACCCUUGGAACCAUCGGGGCGGCGAUACAUCGUCAUAUCGAUCGGGGCAGGCUCUUGCAAGAAAGAACACAAGUACAACGCCAGAAAGGCAGGAAAGUGGGGACUGUUUGAUUGGCUGUUCAAUGGGAACUCCAUUCCAUUAAUGGAAGCUUUUCAUCAAGCUAGCACAGACAUGGUUGAUGUCCAGACCUCUGUUCUCUUGUCAGCUCUUCACUCAGACGACAACUGCUACCUCCGAAUCCAAGAUGAGACGUUGUGUGGGGCUUUAUCAUCAGUGGAUAUGGCGACUAAGGAGAAUAUGGAGAGGCUUGUGAGAGUUGGGGAGAAUCUAUUGAGAAAACCAGUUUGCAAACUUGAUAGAGUUACUGGAGAAUAUAAGCCCGUCCAUAAUGGAGGAACCAAUAUGGAAGCACUUAAAAAGUUCGCAAAGAUGUUAUCAGAUGAAAGGAAAUUGCGGCAAUCACAAAUGGCUCUCCCUUUGAGUGAUUACAUUCAUAGCUAGCUGAUGAGUACGUAUUUAUGACUCUUAUUUUAGACUUCCCUAUUUGUUUGAAUUGAAUAUAUGUACCCUCCUCACACCAUAGCAUAGUGUCUCUUAAAGUUCUUUCUCUAUUGACCUUUUGAGAAUUUAUGAAAGAGAAUUUGCGAUCAUUUUUUUAUCUUUACUACGGAGUAUUUUUUAAUCACAUAAAAUAAAAGAUCCGUU